AUGUUCACACCCAAGAUUUCAAGACUGAAGGAUCCUUUGGUUUGGUUGGAUGCUGCUGCUCAGAUCUUUUAUUCUUUUGGUUUGGCUUUUGGAGGACUGAUUGCUUUUGCAAGUUACAACAACCCGGGCAACAAUUGUCAGAAAGAUGCUAUCAUUGUGUCGAUUUGCAAUUGGCUGACUGCUAUCUAUGCUUGCCUUGUCAUCUUCUCCAUUCUUGGCUACAAGGCUACUUUAAUGUUUGAACAUUGCCUUGAUCAUAAUGCCAAACUUAUUAUGGAAAAGUUCCCAGCAAUCAACAUGACAAAGUUCACUGGCCAGGCUGUAGACUACACAACAAUUGGAGUUCCUGCUGAUAAGCUACCAAGCUUGAAGUUACGGACUUGUAAUCUCCAAGAUGAUUUAAAUAAUGCCGCCUCUGGCACUGGCUUAGCAUUCAUUGUUUUUGCCCAAGCCAUCGUUGAGUUUGGGGCAAGUUCUCCAUUUUGGUCCUUUAUUUUUUUCCUCAUGCUUCUUGCACUGGGACUUGGCACUGAGUUUGCAACUUUGGAAGGUGUUGCCACUUCUCUCAGAGAUGCAGCUCCCUACGACUGGAUGAAGAAGAGAUGGCUGUUAGCUGGCAACAUUAAGUCCUUUCCUUUCGCUUGUUCUCUUCUUUCUCUCCUUUCUCUUGCUCUCUUCUCUCUCCUUUCUCUUGCUCUCUUCUCUCUCCUUUCUCUUGCUCUCUUCUCUCUCCUUUCUAUUGCUCUCUUCUCUCUCCUUUCUUUUGCUCUCUUCUCUCUCCUUUCUCUUGCUCUCUUCUCUCUCCUUUCUCUUGCUCUCUUCUCUCUCCUUUCUCUUCUCUCUCCUUUCUCUUGCUCUCUUCUCUCUCCUUUCUCUUGCUCUCUUCUCUCUCCUUUCUUUUGCUCUCUUCUCUCUCCUUUCUCUUGCUCUCUUCUCUCUCCUUUCUCUUGCUCUCUUCUCUCUCCUUUCUUUUGCUCUCUUCUUUCUCCUUUCUUUCUUUCUUUCUUUCAUCAUUCUUCUACCUUUCUUUUUUCUUUUUCUUUCUUUUCACCUUUUUGCUCUUUCUUUUUACCUUUCUUUCUUUCUACUGCUCUCUCUUUCUACUGUUCUUUCUUUUUUCUACCUUUCUUUCUUUUUUCUUUUUACUUUAACAUAUAUUACAGUGAAUGUGUUAAAAUUAAAUCUUUUCUUAAUUUGGUCUUUCUUUUUUUCUUCUUGAUUUCUUCUUUUUCCUCUUUUUUGAUCAUUUUCAUCUUCUUUUUUUCUCUGUUUCUUCAUUCUUUUUCUCUUUCUUCUCGGUUCAUUUUCUUCUUUUUUUCCGGUUUCUGCAUCCUUUUUUCACUUUCUUCUUGGUUUCUUCUUUUUUUUCUUUCUACUCAUUUUCGUCUUUCUUUUCACUUCUCAUUUUCUUCCUUUUCUCUUUUUUAUUUCUUUAGUUGUUGUACUUUGUUUCUUUAUAUGUUUUCUUUUCCUCUUUUAUCUUUCUUUUCUGGUUGUCUUUGCACUUUCUUAUUUUUCUAUUUUCUUUUUUCAUCUCUUCAUUGUUCCUUCUCCUUUUUUUAUUUUUCUUUCUUUUUUCUUCUCUUUCUUCAUUUGUUAUUUCUUUUGUUUCUCUCUUUCUCCCAUUGUUCUUUUACUUCCCUUGCUUUAGAUGUUCCUUCAUUUCUCUUUCUUCUCUCUAUUUUUUGCUUUUUCUUCUAUUUUUCUCUUUCUUCUCUUUAUUUUUCUCUUUUAUCUCUUUUUAUAUUUCUCUUUUAUCUUUCUAUAUAUAUUUCUUUCUUCUCUUUCUAUUUUUAUCUAUUUCUUUCUCUCUCUAUUUUCUCUUUCUUCUUUUCUCUCUCUAUUUUUAUCUUUCUUCUUUCUCUCUAUUUUUAUCUUCUCCCUCUAUUUUUAUCUUCUCUCUCUAUUUUUAUCUUCUUUCUCUAUUUUUAUCUUCUUUCUCCUCUCUAUUUUUAUCAUUCUUUUCUCUCUAUUUUUAUCUUUCUUCUCUCUCUCUCUAUUUUUAUCUUUCUUCUUUCUCUCUCUAUUUUUAUCUUUCUUCUUUCUCUCUCUAUUUUUAUCUUUCUCCUUUCUCUCUCUAUUUUUAUCUUUCUUCUUUCUCUCUCUAUUUUUAUCCUUCUUCUUUCUCUCUCUAUUUUUAUCUUUCUCCUUUCUCUCUCUAUUUUUAUCCUUCUUCUUUCUCUCUCUAUUUUUAUCCUUCUUCUUUCUCUCUCUAUUUUUAUCUUGUAUUACCUCUUUCUUUUUCUCUGUAGUUGUUUCUUCUUUUCUUUUGGACUUUCUCCUCUCUUUCUACUUUUUCUCUUUACGGUCGGCAUUGUAUUCACAUUUAACAGUGGUGCCUACUGGGUGGAACUCUUUGACUUUUUCUCAGGAACGUUUGCCCUCAUGAUUGUGGCGUUAUUGGAAAUUGUUGCUGUUGCAUAUAAAUAUGGAGUCAACAAUUUCUGCAAUGACAUCUACAGCAUGAUUGGGAUCCGUCCUAACAUUUAUUGGCGUGUCAUUUGGAAAUUUGUCUCUCCAGCACUAAUUUUGAUUCUCCUUGUCUCAACUAUUGUGACAAAAUUUAUUGAUCCAGUGACAUACCGUGCCUAUGACAAAAAUAAGGCUAUGCUCGUCGAUGCUAAUUACCCCUGGUUUGCAAGUAUUGUUGCUAUCUGUUUAGUUAUCAUACCAAUAAUCUGGCUACCAGGCAUAGCGUGUAGCAGAAGGUUUGGAAUAUUCCGAUAUGAGCCCGAGACGGCACCAAUUGAUAUGGAUGGUAUUAUCAGUUCUCGUACUGCAUUUGUAGAAGUCACAGACAAUGGAAAUGCCAGAGAAACCACAAAUAUCCGAAAAUCUACAGUACAUGCGACUUCAGAUGGCACAAGGUUAGCCAAGCCAAACAGUGGUGAAAAUUUCCUGUGA